UUUAUUCUUGGCAUAUUUGAAAAACAUAGUGAAAAGAUACCAUUAAACAGUAUGAGGAAGAAACGUCCUUAUUGUGAACAAAUUGAGCAUCCCAUUGCGAUGAAUAUAAAGCUUGGAGCGGAUGCCGAUACAGAAAUGAUGCAGGAAAUCGAAGCUUGGACAAAUAAUACAAAAUUAAAGCUGUGGGGAACAAAAUAUAAAU